UUGUACUGACAGAAACGUUACGGGCUUAGCAGGCAUGGAGGCCCGAUUAAUGAGAGAGGCCCAUUCCGACACGUCCAAGCUCGACUAACACUGUCCCGGAGAAGGAUUCCGGCGACAUUCUGGGAUACGACGGAUAACAACCGCUGUACAGAAAAAGAAGGAGUGGGAGAAGAAAUACAGGGAGAGAUCCAUUUCGGGUCUCUGUUGAUUCAACGCAGCCGCCAUUUUGUUGACACACUUGCAACAAAAAUACUGUGGCGACCAUGUUGAUACACAAGAAGGGAGGAUUUUGAUCCAAAUUAUGUGAGCCCCGUUUUUGGACCGCUAUUAAGACUGAAGGUGAGAGGGCUGGCCAGCCAGGAAAGGGACAACUGCACCACUGCCAGGAGAGGAUUGCUUUUUCAGAUCUCUCUCUCUCUACCCCCCCCUUCCCCCUCCCCUUCACUCCCCCUCCCUCCUCCUGCUGAACCUUUGCCUCCCUCCCCAGCACCAGUGAGAGAACUCUUGACCUGACGGCCACACCUACCAUUUCCCCCACAUAACACCCCCCUCCCCCCAAUCCCCCCCCCCCCCCCUCCCCACCACCGACCCAGAGCACACACAUGGAUCAGAGGACUCAGGGGGGACCUACCACGCCACCCCCCCUCCCCGCCACAGCUCCCUCAGGUGAGCGCGAGAAGGAGGGAGUGGGUGGGAAGAAAGAAGAAGAGGAGGAGAAGAGGAAGAAGGAACGCGAGGGGCCGCAGUCCCAGUCGGAGUCGGGCGCGUUGUGCACUGAGGGGACGCCAGGCGACCCUUCCCAGCAACAGCAGCAGCAGCAGCAGCCGCAACAGUCCCCUCAAUUCUCCGUUAAAGAGGCCACGUACGCUGAGGGCAACGUCAAGAUGAAGAUCGGCCUGCAGCCCAAACGUAUGAAGAAGCCCCCCAAGAAUAUGGAGGACUACGUGUGCCGGCCGGCCUUCCGGGCCACCGUACGACACACCGGGAGAGGAGGGGGAAGGGGCAGCCGGGGAGCAGGAGGGGCGAACGACACCACCACCGCCAAUGCCUCGGCCACCACCGCCUCUGCCCCCGCCAUUGCUGCCCCCGCCGCCACCAACACCACCACGCCUGGCGGGCGCACACAGAGCCCGUCGUCGCACGGGAAAGAGUCGGAGAAGAGUCAGAGCGCCGGCACGCGGCCUGUCCCGCCUCCAGCCCAGACCCCUCCCCCUCAAGCCCCGCCCUCAUCCACAAGCCACAUCACUCCAGUCAACGGAAGUCCACCGGCUAAGAGGGCUCCCCCGAAACUGGUCAGCAAGUCCGAGAGCAAACCCGAGGGGAAGACGGCGGCCUCAGCGGAGAGACCCCUAAAUCUCCACCGCCCGCUGCCGGACUCAAAGUUGCACUCCUCCACCAAGAAGGCUCCCCUGGCACAGCCGAACGCUGCCCUGGCCAACUCCACACCGUCUCCCCCGGCGCCCCCGAUGCCCUCCUCCAACCACGAGCCCAAGAUGGAGGGCGUCAUGAUGAAGCCGCCCCAAUUUGCGUUCGGCUCAGAGGCGCAGCGGGAGCAGGACCGCGGGGUCGCUGGCUGGGGCGGAGGCGGGGGCUCGUCCACCGUCACCGAGAAGCUGGCGCAGCUCAUCGCCACCUGCCCCCCCACCAAGUGCCCCAAGCAGCCGAAAGUGCGCCGGCCCUCCCCAUCGCCCGUGCACAGCAACUCGGUCCCCCUCAUCUCCAACCUGCAGCGGCCCGAGAGGGCCAUGGCCAACAGGGCCACCUACUCCCGGAUCCAGCACCUGUCGCCUCCGCCGCCUGUCUCACGGCCCCCCGGCCGGCCGUACGGUUCACGCAACAAAGACAGUGUCAUGGACAAGCUGACCUCCGGCUCCCGGAAAGAGGAGUCCGACGGGGGGGUGAAAGGGAAUGCCAGCAGCAACAGUAGCAGCAUCAGCUGCACCGCCACAGCGACCACCACCACCGCCGCCACCAGCUCUGCCCUUCACUAUGGCAACAGUCGCUUAGCCACCGCCAACGACAGCAACGAUGGCAACAAUAACAGCAGCAGCAGCAACAACAGCAACAACAACAUCAUCAAGACUCAGUCACGGCUCGCGCAUGGCUCACCUCAUGCCUCCUCCUCACCCACCCUGUCCUCCUCUUCCUCCUCUUCCUCGUCUUCGUCAUCAGACCAGAGAACAGGAAGUGGCCCUUCACACAUAGGGGCCUCGUCCAUGCUGGGCCCUCGACCGAGGCCCAGUCCCUCCCGGAUGGAGGAGAGCGGCGAGAAGGACAGAGAGCGAGGAGAGCGGGACAGCAAGGAUAAGGACGGCCCCAGAGACUUGAGCAAAGGCUCGUCCCCCUCUGGGCUGGGGGGGAAGGCGGAGGGGAAAGAGAGGAGCUUAGUCCUGGCCGCCAGAGGCGAGCGCGGGAAGAGCUCCAGCCCGGCCAAGAACAGCCCGCUCCGGGACAGCCGCCCCAGCCGGACGGCGAGCCCGGCUGAGCCCGGGACACGGCGGAACAGCUCCCCGUCGGAGCCCUCGGGCGGCAGUCCACCGCCACCCCUCAGUGACUCGGGGCCGGGAUCCCCGGCGUCGCCGGCCGAGCAAGACAACAAGCCGCUGAAGAAGCGCCGGGGUCGAAGGCCGCGAUGGACGCGCGUGGUCAACCGCUCCCAGAAGGCCGCACAGGAUGCUGCUCUGAGCCAGGCCAAGCCUGGCAUGCCUAUGUCGGCCCUGGGGCCCAACCCACUGCCUGUGCGGAGACCGGUGGGGCGACCCCCGAACCCCAACAAGGUGCAUUUGCCCCCUGCCGUCCCGCAGCUCUUCGACUCCCCGCCGAAGAAGAGGGGACGCCCCAAGUCCAAGAUGCCCCGUCUGGACGCUCCGGCUCGUGGGAGACCCCCCCUCAAGUUGGCCACCUCCUCCAAGUUCUCCUCCAUCCUUAAGUCCAAAGAAGAACAGGACCCCCCGGUACUGCACCCUGAGGUGGACCUCAACCCCCCCAAGCCCAUGCCACGGAAGCGGGGGCGCCCCAAGCGCCUUCCCCCUACGCUGCCCCAGGAAGGUCAACCCCCAACCUUAGCCCCAGAGCAGGGCGACUCCGGCGACAAGACCUUCCGCAGCAAGGGCAACGGGCAGCUCAUCAUGAAGACCAUCAUCGGCAAGAUCAACAAGAUGAAGACGGUGAAGCGCAAGCGGCUGCUGAGCCAGAUCCUGCUGGGGUCGGGGGUCGGACCGGAGGGCGAGAGCAGAGCGGCCGGAACCAGCACGACCAACACGGUGGCGACCGCCGCCACGCAGUCCCUGUCAUCCCUGGCAGCCACCUUCGGGGGCAAGCUGGGGCCCCAGAUCAACGUCAGCAAGAAGGGCACCAUCUACAUGGGCAAGAGGAGGGGACGCAAGCCCAAAGCGGCAGCUAACCCCCCCGCCGGGGCGCCAACACCCCCUCCAGAGCCCUUCCUGUCCCCCAACACGUCGUCUCCGCACCACCCGCACCCCUCCCAGUCUCUGCAGAGCCAGCAGCACCACCAGCUUCCCCCGACCGACGUCUUCCCCUCCCCGUCUCUCUCGCAGUCCAGCGGCGGGCAGAGCCCCAUCAGCGACGCCAGCUUCGUGGAGCCCGGCUCAGUGCACUGCACCCACUGCAGCCACUCGCACCACGGGCAUCACGGCUUCCCCUUCGCGCCGCCGACAUUCUCGGCGCCCUCGCCACGCUCCCUGGGGCCCAUGGGCUCCGGCGGUUCGGGUCUGGCCUCGUCGGCGUCUCAGAAGAAGUCGUCCUGCCGCGGCUACCACCACCACCACCACCACUACCGGACGCACUACCACUACAGGAAGGUGUCGCCACCCCGGCCGCUGCUGCCCACCUCGCCAGCUCCGCUGAGCGAGCUGAAAGAGGCCACGCCGUCUCCCGUCAGCGAGUCGCACAGCGAGGAGACGGUGCCCAGCGACAGCGGCAUCGGCACCGACAACAACAGCACGUCCGACCGCGGCGAGAAAGCGGGAGGCGUCGGGCUCGGCGGCGUCGGGAUGCCCCAGGGAGUCGCCAGCGGGCUUCUCAUGCCAGGGGUCAUGGGGUCAGCGGUGGGCGUCGGGGCCGGGCUCAGCCCGCGCGGCAGGAAGAGACACGCCUCCUCAGUCCUGAUGGACCGACCCUCGCCUUCUCCCUCACCCCUUGGGGCCCGGUCGUCGCCGGACCCGCGACGGGCUCACCCUGCCGCUGGCCCGGCCUCGGCUCUGGUCGGGCACAAGGAGAAGCACAAGCACAAGUGCAAGCGGCGGGGGCACGCGUGCCCGGCCUACGACAAGCUGAAGCGGCAGAAGCGCAAGCGCAAGAAGAAGUACCUGCAGCUGCGCUCGCGCCGCCAGGACCCCGACUUCCUGGUCGAGCUGGACGAGAUCUGCGUGCGCCUGAGCGACAUCCGCAUCUCCCACCGCACGCCCGCCAUGCGACUGGGCAGCAGCCUGGCGCUGGGCGCCGCUGGCGCGGCGGGGGGCACCGGCAGGGGCGCCACCCUCGGUGGUGGGCGCAGCAGCGGAGGUGGCGGCAGUGCCAACCCACCGCCCCACCACUACCUGCACCGAGACCUGUUGCCCACCAUCUUCCGCAUCAACUUCAGCGGCUACUACUCGCCCCACCCCGCCUACCCCUGCGACUCCCUGCACUAUGUCCGCAAGCCCGACCUCAAGAAGAAGCGCGGUCGGCCCCCGAAGCUGCGUGAGUCCAUGUCCGAGGUGCCCUUCGUGCCCGGACUCGGCUUCCCCCUCUCCAGCGGCGGCUUCUACCACCCCUCCUACAGCGUACCCUACUCCUCUGGGCCCCUGGGGCUGGGCUAUUACCGCGGUUACCCCCCGGCAAGCGCCCUGUACCCCCACCCUCACCACCAGCCCCCCCACUCGGCCACGGCGCACCACCCGCACCACUCCCCCUCCUUCCCCCCGCCGCCUCCGCCCUCCUACAUGCACCACCACCCCUCACACCUGCUGCUCAACCCCUCCAAGUUCCACAAGAAGAAACACAAGCUGCUGCGGCAGGAGUACCUGGGCGGGGGCCGCUCGCCGGUCCUCUACCCACCCAUGGCGCCCGAGCUCUCCUUCGGUUGGCACCACAAACACAAGCACCGGCACAAGCACCGCGAGCGCUGCGGCGCCGAUGAGCAGCUGGAACGCGCCGGCAGCGCCGAGAGAGCCGAACGGACCGAGCGAGGAGAGAGGGGAGACAGCGUCGGGCUCGGCAGAGGAGAGAGAGGAGGAGGAGGAGGAGGAGGAGGAGGCGGCGCAGGGGGCAUGGAGGCCCUGCAGCACUGUCGGUUCGGGAGAGACGGGUCGGCGGAGAGCGCCGGCAAGCCCACGUCAGCGGUAGCGGCGGCGGCGGCGGCGGCUUCGGCCAACUCUCCUUCGUCGUCUUCCUCGUCCUCGGCCGAGCGCUACAAGAGGAAGGAGGCGUCGGCGUCGUGCCUGGGCCCCUCACGCCUGGCGCUGGGCAGUCGUGGCCACGCGUCGUCGUCGGCCGACUCCUGGUUCCGAGUGGGCGCCGCGGAGACCGACUACGCCAAACUGUCGCACCACUCCGCCGGUCAGCCCGGCGGCGCCUUCUCCGACGGACACGCCGCCGAGCCCGUCGGCUGCUCAGACAGCGAGGAGGACGAGGGCCUCUCCCCGGCGGAGGACGACGCUGAACCACCGAGCGCUCAGCACACCAACUUGUUCGCCUCGGCGCUCACCAGGAGCUCGAUGCGUCCGGGCCGAGGCCGGAGGCCCGCCUCCUCGGACGGCGGCGGUGGCAGCGGUGGUGGGGGCGGCGGUGGCCUUGCGCGAUUGGACAGAUCCCUCCGGAAGGACCGGUCCACCUCGGCGGAGAGGAGAGAGACAGGGGGGAUGCAGACUCGUGGCGCAAACCCCUCCGACUGCAUGGACGCCGGCCUGUUAUCUCGCCACCACCACCUCCACCAUCACCACCACCACCCGCACCACCCGCACCACCACCAGCACCACCAGCAGCAGCAGCAGCAGCAACAGCUCUCUCUCCACCCCUCCCUCUCUCACCCCCACUCGGCCUCCAUCUCCGGUCGGCCCAUCGGAAUGCCGGCUGGCUCCGGCUGCUGCCGCAGCGACUCGUCUCCGUCUCGCCACGGCUCGUCGUCCUCCUCGGGCGGCCAGCGUGGCGGUUCCCAAGCCCCGGUCCCCCCUCCACCGCCCCCUCCGCCCAAAAACAACCUGCACCACGUCAACAAGAUCCUGCGCGCCAAGAAGCUGCAGCGGCAGGCGCGCACCGGCAACAACAUGGUGAAGAAGCGCGGGCCCGGGCGCCCACGGAAGUACCCGCUGCCCUCGCCGCCCCCCUCGCCCCCUCCCCCUCCCCCGCCGCCACCGCUGGCGCUGGCCCUGGCCCACGCUCAGGCCGCCUCCGGCCCGGAGGUGGCGCGCCAGCGGGACAGGGAGCGGGCCGGCUGGGAGGCGGGGGACACGGUGACGGACGCCAUCGAGGCGGUGGUGCAGCAGGGCCAGCGGCGCCGCGGACGCAAGCGCAAGCGAUGGGAGGAAGAGCGCGAUGAGGAAGAGGAGGAGGCGGCAGUGGCGGCAGCAGCAGCGGCGGCCGAGGAGGAAGAAGAGGACGCGGCAGCGGCCGGAGAGGAAAGAGGCGGAGAGGAGGAAGAGGAAGACGAGGGGGAAGAGGAGGAAGAGGAGGAGCAGCAGACGGCAGGAAGGGAGGAAGAGGCAGGGGCCAGCAGAGCGCGAGCAGGAGCAGGUGGAGGGAGAGGAUGGCUCACCCAGGAGGAGAUGCACUGUUUUCGCAGCGCGCUGGAGAGGAAACCUGAAGGUCAGGCCUCCACCGCCGAAGGCCCCAGUCCCGCCCCUAACCCCGCCCCCGUAGAACAGGCUCCGCCCGCCCCAGUGCCCAGCCAACGGGAGAAGAGAGCCUCCAGACCGCCCAAGAAGAAGUUCCAGAAGGCGGGGCUUUAUUCGGAUGUGUACAAAACUGAAGAUCCACGCAGUCAGCUGCUGCAGCUGAAGAAGGAAAAACUGGAGUACAUUCCAGGAGAACAUGAGUAUGGCCUUUUCCCUGCGCCUAUCCACGUCGGGAAGUACCUGAGACUUAAGCGCAUUGACUUCCAGUUGCCUUAUGACAUCCUGUGGCUGUGGAAACACGAUCAGCUCUAUAAGCGACCUGAUGUCCCACUCUACAAGAAGAUCCGAUCCAACGUGUAUGUGGACGUGAAGCCUCUGUCGGGGUACGAGGCCACCACCUGUAACUGCCGCGCCCCAGAGGACCACGACGAGAAGGGCUGUCAGGACGACUGCCUGAACAGGAUGAUCUUCGCAGAGUGCUCCCAGAGCACGUGCCCCUGUGGGGACCAGUGUGACAACCAGCACAUCCAGCGGCACGAUUGGGUGCAGUGCCUGGAGCGCUUCCGCGCCGAGGGCAAGGGCUGGGGCAUCCGCACCAAAGAGUCGCUACGCUCGGGGCAGUUCAUCAUCGAGUACCUGGGCGAGGUGGUCAGCGAGAACGAGUUCAGGAACCGUAUGAUGGAGCAGUACUUCUCCCACAGCGGCCACUACUGCCUUAAUCUGGACAGUGGCAUGGUGAUUGACAGCUAUCGCAUGGGCAACGAGGCCCGCUUCAUCAACCACAGCUGCGAGCCUAACUGUGAGAUGCAGAAAUGGUCGGUGAAUGGGGUGUACCGGAUUGGACUGUUUGCACUUAGGGACAUGCCCAGUGGCACGGAACUCACUUACGACUACAACUUUCACUCCUUUAAUACUGAGGAACAGCAAGCGUGUAAGUGCGGCUCGGAGGAGUGCCGCGGCAUCAUCGGCGGGAAGAGCCAGCGAAUCAACGGCCUCCCUCCCAAGGCCAGCGGCUCAGGGGCCGGAGCCAGGAGGCUGGGGAGGUUCAAGGAGAAGCGCAAGUCAAAACACCAACUCAAGAAAAGGGAGGAAGAGUCGAGUGACAGCAGCAAGUUUUAUCCUCACUUACUCAUGAAGCCUAUGUCCAACAGAGAGAGGAACUUUGUGCUGAAGCACCGCGUGUUCCUCCUGCGGAACUGGGAGCGCAUGCGUGAGAAGCAGGAGAUGCUGAAGAGGGAGGGCGAGCGCGAGCGCGAGCGGGACAACAGCAGCCUCUCCGCAUACACACGCUGGGGCGGCGUCAUCCGCGACGACGGUAACAUCAAGUCAGAUGUGUUCCUGACGCAGUUCUCGGCGCUGCAAACGUCCCGCUCGGUGCGGACGCGGCGUCUGGCGGCAGCCGAGGAGAACACGGAGGUGACCCGCACCGCCCGGCUCGCCCACAUCUUCAAGGAGAUCUGUGACAUGAUCACCAGCUACAAGGACUCUGCAGGUCAAACACUAGCUGCUCCACUGCUAAACCUACCCUCAAGGAAAAGGAACACGCAGUACUAUGAGAAGGUGUCUGAUCCGCUGGACCUGACCACCAUAGAGAAGCAGAUUCUAACGGGCCAUUACAAAACCGUGGAGGCCUUCGACUCCGACAUGCUCAAGGUGUUCCGCAACGCAGAGAAGUAUUACGGGCGCAAGUCGGCGGUGGGCCGCGACGUCUGCCGGCUCAGGAAGGCGUACUACGGCGCGCGGCACGAGGCGGCCGUCCAGAUCGACGAGAUCGUCGGCGAGACGGCGAGCGAGGCCGACAGCUCCGACUCGCUGGAGCGGGACCACGCCCACCACCACCAUCACCACGGCAGUGGCGGCGCCGGCGGCCACGACAAGGACGACGACAUCAUCCGCUGCAUCUGCGGGAUGUACAAGGACGAGGGCCUGAUGAUCCAGUGCGAGAAGUGCAUGGUGUGGCAGCACUGUGACUGCAUGCGUCUGGAGGCCGAGGUGGAACACUACCUGUGUGAGCAGUGUGACCCUCGCCCUGUGGACCGGGAGGUACCCAUGGUGCCUCAGCCCAGCUACGCCCAGGCCGGCUCCAUCUACUACAUCUGCCUACUCAGAGAUGACCUGCUGCUACACCAAGGGGACUGCGUGUACUUGAUGAGGGACAGCAAGCGGACGCCUGAAGGUCAGCCUGUAAGACAGUCCUACCGGCUGCUCUCCCACAUCAACAGAGAGAAGCUGGACAUCUUCCGCAUCGAGAAGCUCUGGAAGAACGAGAAAGGGGAACGGUUUGCCUUCGGACAUCACUACUUCCGACCGCACGAGACGCACCACUCUCCGUCGCGGAGGUUCUACCAGAACGAGCUGUUCAGGGUUCCGCUGUACGAGAUCAUCCCUCUGGAGGCCGUGGUGAACACCUGCUGCGUGCUGGACCUCUACACCUACUGCAAAGGGAGGCCCAAGGGCGUGAAGGAGCAGGACGUCUACAUCUGCGACUACCGGCUGGACAAGUCCGCACACCUCUUUUACAAGAUCCACCGCAACCGCUACCCCGUGUGCACCAAACCGUACGCCUUCAACCACUUCCCCAAGCGGCUGGCGCCCAAGAGGGACUUCUCGCCCCACUAUGUCCCAGACAACUACAAGCGCAACGGCGGUCGCUCAGCCUGGAAGAGCGAGCGGCCGAAAGGACCGGCGCCCUGCGAGGACGAGGACCGGGGCUCCGCUCCGUUCCCCCGCGACACCGAAGAGGUGGGAACCCGAGGAGGAGGAGCUGGUGGAGGAGGAGGAGGAGGAGGCGCAGCGCCGGGGCUGGAGCAGGAGCCAGACGCCCCCCAGGAGGAGAGCAGCGGCGCCCUGGCGCGACUGCAGCCCGGCACCCAGCCGCAUCCGCCCGGAGAGGCCGAAGAGGAGGAGGACGAGCCCGAGGAGGAGGCGGAGGAGAUGGAGGAGCGGAGGGAGAUGGGCGAGGGCUCAGCGGAGAGAGGAGGAGGAGGAGGAGUAGGAGGAGGUGGUGGAGGAGGUGGAGAAGGAGGAGGAGGAGGAGGUGGGGGAGAGGCCUUGGAGGCCGUUCCCUCGUCGUCGUCGUCGCCCCUGCACCACUCGGCGCCCCUGAGUCGGCGGGAGGCCCAGCGAGACCGACUCAACAAGAUCCUACUGGAGCUGCUGCAUAGAGCACCCAGCAAACAGGUGAUCGACGUGACCUACCUGCUGGAGGAGGGCUCUGGGAGGAAGCUGCGCAGACGCACGCUGGGAUUGGGUGACCUAGUGGGCAGGAAGUGACGUCAUCUUCAGCAACCCUGCUGCCUGGCAAGCACGUUUCCCUCUCUGUAGCCGGGUGAACGAGUGAAGAAGAAGGACGAGGAGAAGACCUGUGCGAGUGUUCACGGAGAGAGAGACGGACGGAAGCAGAGGAGAAGGGGUCUCUCUCUCUAUCU